GUCGCACGUGUAGAGUUUAAGCUCUGUCAAGUAGAUUUAUUAUUGUCUGUUUUUCAAUUUAAAAUCAAAUUUAUACACCAUCAUUUUCGUUUCUUAUAACGUGUGAAUAUACCCCCUGUUGUAUUUUACAACUAAAACAUCCGGAUUACUUUGUUAUCACUAGUUUUGUUUGAUUUCCCGAGUUGCUAGCUUGUAGCCCGUUAGCAGCACCAGCGUGGUUGCCGCUAAUCCUGCUUGCAUUGUUUACACACUAUUUACACACAUUACCAUUGUUUACUCACUGUUACUUGCUUUAAUGGCGAAUUUGUGUCCACCUUUGAGUGCAGGUGAGGACAUGUUCGAGCUGUACUCGUUGCAGCUCGAGCUGGAGGCCGUGGAGAAGCAGAUCCAGGAGCUGUUGGUGCGGCAGACGGAGCUGAGAGAGCGGAGAGCCGCUCUGGAGUCCUCCCGGGUAAGUAUACAGCGAUACUAACACUCUGACCACCUCUACUCCGUGUGCUUCUCUGCACAGCUCCCGUGCACCCUGGACGCGAUCUUCCCAGAUGUCCUUCACUCCGGCGCCGGGACACCACGGACCCUGGGUGCAGCAGCAGCGGAAGACGCGAGCCAGGCCCCGGCCGAGGACCUCGCCCCCUCCGCCGCCUCCGGUCUUCGAGAUCUCCACCCGGAACCGCUUCGCUCCCCUUCGCGAGACGGAACGCGACGCUGUGAUCGUCGGAGACUCCAUUGUCCGGUACGUACGUGCUACUUUAGCUAAAGGUAAAGUCCACACCCACUGUUUUCCUGGUGCUCGCGUUCUCGAUGUUUCUGCGCAGAUACCCGCAAUCCUGAAGGACGGCGAGAGCGUCGGCGCGAUCGUCCAGCACGCGGGGGUGAACGACACCAGGCUGCGGCAGACGGAGGUUCUGAAGAGGGACUUCAGCAGCCUGAUCGAGACGGUUCGCAGCACGUCUCCCGCGACGAGGAUCAUCGUGUCAGGACCGCUUCCCACGUAUCGACGUGGGCACGAAAGGCUUUUCCGUGCGGAUGGCCUGCACCCCAGCAGAGUCGGAGCGGAACUGCUGUCUGACAACAUCUCCAGGACGCUACGCUCCAUUUGACUAGUAAGUACAUUCUCAAAUGAUUGCUACGAUGGCUUUUGUUCUGAACGCUUAAAUGAUAGUACUUGUACUGUCCAAUCUAUAAAGACUGUGUCUGUUCCUCGAAUAGUGAGGUCAAAACAUAAAUUUAAUGCAGGAUCUAGAAAAAAUCUGAUCGUAAUUAAACCAGAAAAAAGCAAAAUACACGAACAGAAACCAUUUUUAAAGCUUGGGCUCCUAAACAUUAGAUCACUUGCACUGAAAGCAGUUAUUGUGAAUGAAAUGAUCACAGAUAAUAGUUUUGAUGUACUCUGCUUAACCGAAACCUGGCUAAAACCUAAUGAUUAUAUUGGUCUAAAUGGAUCUACUCCACCAAACUACUAUUAUAAGCAUGAGCCCCGUCAGAGUGGUCGUGGUGGUGGUGUUGCAACAAUAUAUAGUGAUAUUCUCAAUGUUACUCAGAAAACAGGAUACAGGUUUAAUUCAUUUGAAAUACUUUUGCUUAAUGUUACUCUGCCAGAUAUGCAAAAGAAAUCUCUCCUAUCUCUUGUUUUAGCUACUGUGUAUAGACGGCCAGGGCCGUAUACAGAUUUCCUAAAAGAAUUUGCAGAAUUCCUUUCAGAACUAUUGGUUAAUUUUGAUAAAGCGCUAAUUGUCGGAGAUUUUAACAUUCACGUUGAUAAUACAAAUGAUGCGUUAGGACUUGCAUUUACUGACCUAAUAAACUCUUUUGGAGUCAAGCAAAAUGUCACCGGGCCCACUCAUCGUUUUAAUCAUACGCUAGAUUUAAUUAUAUCGCAUGGAAUUGAUCUUACUGAUAUAGAUAUCGUACCUCAAAGUGAUGAUGUUUCUGACCAUUUCCUUGUAUCGUGCAUGCUGCGUAUCACUGAUAUUAACUAUACGGCUCCGCGUUAUCGUCUUGGCAGAACUAUUGUUCCAGCCACCAAAGAUAGAUUUACAAAUAACCUGCCUGAUUUAUCUCAACUGCUCUGUGUACCCCUUAAUACACAGCAUCUAGACAAAAUGACUAGCAAUAUGGACACCAUCUUCUCCGAUACGUUAGAAGCUGUUGCCCCCAUCAAAUUGAAAAAAGUUAGAGAAAAACGUACUGCGCCAUGGUACAACAGUAACACCCAAUCCCUCAAGAAAGAAACUCGCAAUCUUGAGCGCAAAUGGAGAAAAACUAACUUGGAAGUUUUUAGAAUUGCAUGGAAAAACGGUAUGUCCAGAUACAGACAGGCUUUAAAAGCUGCUAGCUCUGAACAUAUCCGCAAACUCAUAGAAAAUAACCAAAACAAUCCAAGGUUUUUAUUUAGCACAGUGGCUAGAUUAACAAAUAACCAGACACCACCUGAGCUAAAUAUUCCUUUACAGUUUAAUAGCAAUGACUUUAUGAAUUUCUUCACUGAUAAAAUAGAUAACAUCAGAAAUACAAUAACCAAUGUAGAUUAUACUGCAUCUAAUAUGUCAACUUCUUUCGUCGCACCCAAAGAAAAACUGCAGUACUUUACCGCUAUAGGACAGGAAGAGUUAAAUAAACUCAUCACUGUGUCUAAACCAACAACAUGCCUAUUAGAUCCCGU